UGCGGGGGGCGCAGCGCGGCUCCCCCGGCCCCGCUGCCGCUCGCUCGGGGCCGCCGCAGCUGAAGCGGCCGCCCCAGCCCAGCCCCGGUGCGGCGAUGAGGGGCUUAAAGCGGCUGCGGCUCAAAAUCUGGCGGCGAUGCGCCCUGCUGCUGCUCCUCCUCUGGGCUGCCUGCUGGGUGGCGGUGAGCGCUGCGCUGUUCCUCCUCCACAGGAGCGUCUUCUCCGAGAGCUGCACGGACGAGAAAAGCCACCGGAUCCUGGCCAGGCUGGGGUAUGGUUCUGCUAUGAAUAUUCUGCUCUUUCACUCCAGUGCCUCGACUACAGCAGUGGAGCCCUGACUGGGGACCUCUGUGAAGACCUGUGUGUGGCACAGAAGCUGGUGUACAAACACUGCCUCUACUAUGACAGAGGUAAGAAGGUCAUUCAGGCUGAUUGGAGAGGACAGCCCAUCAUACUGAAAUCCAAAAAAGAAAGUUUUUCCAGCUACCAGCACCUCAGUAUGCUAGAGGAGGUGGAAACACAGGAUAUCCCUGAAACAGAGCUUCUGCUUAUGGUAGCUCUGGAGGUCAAAAAUGCCCUGGGGCUAGAACUGUCUAACAAUACCAUGGGGCCCCUGUGGACAAGGAAGAAGGGACCACGUUGGAAAGCACAGGUGGCCAGCAUGUGGUCCUUGCUCCAGCAGGAAGAAUAUAUCUACUUCAGUUUGCUGCAGGACUUCAGCAAACAUGUGCUACGAAUUAUUGGCUCUUGUGGACACUUUUAUGCUGUAGAGUAUCUCACAGCUGGACAUGCCUGGCACAAAACUCUUUUUCCCCUGGAAAACGUGAUCGGCCCCUCCCUUACUGGACACAGAAGCAGGGUGAGAGCCAUCAUUGACAUUGCACUCAGCUUUCUGGACAUGGUGCAGCAUUUUGAUAACGAUUUCUCUCACCGACUUCACCUGUGUGACAUCAAACCAGAAAACUUCGCUAUCAGGCACGAUCUCACGGUGGUGGCCAUUGAUGUGGAUAUGGCCUUUUUUGAACCCAAAAUGAGAGACAUCCUGGAACAGAAGUGCACAGGAGACGAAGAUUGUAAUUUCUUUGAUUGCUUUUCAAAAUGCAAUCUGAAAAUCAGAAAAUGUGGAGCACAGAGAGCCAAUAACAACUUGCAAGUAAUUUGUGACAAAAUAUUCCGUCGCUGGUUUUCCCCAAAUCUCAGAGGACCACUGGUUUCCCUGCCCCUGCAGCUGCAGCUGCAGAAAGCCGUGCAGGAGUGUGCUCAGCCGGGGCACACGGGUGCCACCGGGCACCAGAGGACUCUGAAAUCUCUCUCCGAGCUGUACCACCUGCUGCGGGUCACUCAGCGAGAACUGCAAGGGGCAGAGUAGACACAAAAGGCAGAACUGCAAAGGUCACAUCCCAGUCUCUCUGCCAUCCCUCCUAACCCCACACUUUUACAGCACAGAGAUUGUUUUUCUGCUAUGCAAAUCAAGUUCAUAGCUGCAGGUGCAGCACGUCCUGAUAAUAUCCUGUCAAGUGUUAAAUUUCUUUAUAUUAUUUGGAUUCUGUUCUUGUUUAUUUUCCUGAGGAAGCACUACCCCUCUCCAUCAGCAUACAGCACAUCCUUCUGAGCUGCAGUCACUGCUCAGAUAGCAUCUGUCUGUAUGUGUUGUUCAGAGGAUGCAUUUACAGAAGAAAAGUGUAAGUGCAGCAAAACUCGAUCGAUAAUUAAAAGAAUGGGUGGGUGGGUGUGAAUAAGUGCAUGCAUGGUGUUUGUUUUAGUUUCUCUGUCAAAUGAGGUGGGUUUUUACAGUAGAUACAGAGCAUUUUGUAUGGAGAAAAAAAAAAGGGGGGGAUCUCAAACAGGGAAAUGUGCUGUCACACAAAGAAAGAGCUGCUUUUGUACAAAGCAGUCCCUUCUUAUGUCCUCAAAUGCAUUUUCUCUGGGGCAUUGCAUUACCUGGGGCAUUGCAUUACCUGUGCCAUUGCUAACUCUUUUGGGGAAAAAUUAUAUAAAAGUACUUUGGACUUUUCUAGAGCAAAAUAAUUAUACCCCUACUGAGCUCCCAUGUGGGUAUUCAUAUUCUGCAGUGAAGAGGUAUGAAUAAUGCUACUGGAUUUUCCCAUGUGAACAAGCCCUCAGGCACUUGUACAUCAGAGCACUUGAUAAGAAGCACUCCCUUGCCAGAGAGCAGAAUUGCCCAGGAAUGUCAACAAUCUGUCCUUUGCACAGAACAAUAGCCAGAUGCAGAGUUUCCUUCCAUGGUAUUUUUUAAAAGAACAAAAGGAAAAUUUUUUGUACAAAUUCAUUAUCUUGCAAUCAGUUGUGUAAAUAAAGAUCACUAGAUUAAUUUAAAAACA